UCAACGCUAAUAAUAAGAUAUCGAUUACAAUCGAUUACAUAUUUAUUUUGCAUUGUGCCACAUCGGUGUUCAUAGGCUUAAGAUAAGAUAAUCUCUAAGAUUUGAUAACAUUAUAAAUAUUUUAUGUGAUAUCGCAAUUUCUUUAUUCAAUAUAUUAUUUAUUCUAAACAAUGUGUGUGUGGUGAUACUUAAAUUAUUUAUUUAAAAUGUCUAUUAUAAAACCGAGUUUAAACGAACUAAGAAUUUUAAUAAAUGCAAGACUUGCCUCUAAAGAACCAUGGCAAAUUAUAGCUAUUACAGCCACAUCUGUUAUAAGCUUUUUAUGGCUUCAUGAUCUAUUAACAGCUGAUGAAGGCAUUAAGACAAGAUUACUGAAAUCCCUGUUUAAAUGGGCGAAGAAGAUACCAUAUGUAAAAAAACGCAUUGAUGAUGAACUUAAUAAAAUAUCUGCACAAUUCGAUAAGGAUAUUCAAAAGAGGAUGCAGGAUGUGCCUUAUAUUACUACAUUACCUGAACAAGGUUUGAGUGAUGAAGAAAUCGUAAAAAUGGCCAAAUCUUAUUUGAAUUUGGGUACAUACAAAUGGAAAGAAGGAAGAGUAUCAGGAGCUGUUUAUUACUAUGACCCAGAAUUAAUUGAGCUGAACACAAAAAUUUAUGGUAUGACCUCUUACACAAAUCCUCUUCAUCCCGAUGUUUUCCCUGGUGUUAGUAAAAUGGAAGCAGAAGUUGUUAGGAUUACGGCAAAACUCUUUCAUGGUGGUCCAAAUGCUUGUGGAACUAUGACUACAGGUGGAACCGAGUCUAUAAUUAUGGCUUGCAAAGCUUACAGAGACUAUGCUAGAGAACGAGGCAUUACAAAACCAAAUAUAGUAAUGCCAGUUACUGCUCAUUCCGGUUUUGAUAAAGCCGCUCAAUAUCUUGGAUUAGGUGUAAGAACUGUAAGAGUUGAUCCAGAAACAACACUUGUUGAUCUAAAAGCUAUGAAACGAGCAAUUAAUGGAAACACUUGUAUGCUGGUAGCAUCAGCACCAAACUUUCCUUACGGAACUAUGGAUGAUGUUCAAGGGGUUGCUGAGUUGGGCUUAAAAUAUAAUAUACCAGUUCAUGUUGAUGCUUGCUUAGGGGGCUUUGUUAUAGCUUUUAUGAGAAAGGCAGGCUUUGAAUUACCUCCAUUUGAUUUUGAAGUUGAAGGUGUAACUAGUAUCUCUGCUGAUACUCAUAAGUAUGGAUUUGCACCAAAAGGUUCUUCAGUGAUCUUAUAUUCAGAUAAGAAAUACCGUGAUCACCAGUUUGUGGUUACAACUGAUUGGCCUGGUGGUGUCUACGGUUCUCCCACUGUAAAUGGUUCAAGAACUGGUGGAAUAAUAGCUGCAUGUUGGUCUACUUUGUUAAGAUUUGGUGAAACUGGAUACAUUGAUGCAACAAAGAAAAUUAUAGACACAACUAAAUAUGUAGAGAAGGAGAUUCGUAAGAUUGAUGAAGUAUUCAUUUUUGGAAAACCUGCGACAACUGUAGUAGCACUUGGUUCUAAAGUAUUUGAUAUUUAUCAUUUAGCUGAUAAACUUGGUGGUAUGGGAUGGAGUCUUAAUGUCCUGCAAUUUCCAUCAGGGAUACAUAUUUGUAUAACUCAUGUUCAUACUCAAAAUGGUGUAGCUGAUCAAUUUCUAGAUGAUAUGAAAUCUUGUAUUGCAGAAAUUAUGAAAAAUCCAAGUGCUCCUGUUGAGGGAAAGAUGGCAAUUUAUGGAAUGGCUCAAAGUGUGCCUGAUCGGUCUACUGUAACUGCUUUCACUAAAUGUUACAUCAAUUCAAUGUACUACACUCCGGCAGAUAAAUAACAAAUAUUUGAAAUAUUUAUAUCAAUAGUGUUAUCAGAUUUGUACAAUUUUGAAUAUUUAUAUUAAUGGUUAAGG